UCCGGAGUGGAUAUUUGCACAAUACUUGCUUUUAAUGACUCUUCAGGUUCAAUUAAACAAUAAAAAUAUGAGGAGUUUGUUAUAUUGAGAAGAAUACACUGAACAAAAAAAUGAUUUGGCAAGAAAGGCAAAUUUCAGCAUAUAAUUAAAUAUAAGUUGUAUAUUUAUAUAUGGUUCUCUGUUUUCGAUCACAGCAGCAAUUCUCCUGGGCACUGACUGGGCAACUUUGCACAUGUGUCGUGCUUCUUUCCAAUCCUCCUAGUUCUUCCCAAAGUUGAGCUUCAUUUGAAGACCUGCAUGACUUAUCACAAUCCAGGUUUAGAAUUUCCCCUAAGGUUUCAAUGGCUUUAAGGUCAGGGGACUGAGAAGGCCAUUUGAAGACUUCAAAAUGCUGAGCAUGAUCACUUUCAUUGUGUACAACUUUGUUGCAUGCGUGGUAUGUGUGGGAUCAUUAUUAUCAUGUUGGAAAAUACACAUUUUCUCUCCAAACAGAUCCUCCAUACUUGGCUACAUUGUGUUCAGCAGGAUUCCCAAGUAUUGGUCCAUUUUUUAAGUGCCAGCUACUCUUCCAACACCUGCUGCAGACAUGUGUCCCCAAUACUAUUAUUAUGUUUCCCCUACCAUAUUUAAUGGCGCCAUGCAUGCAUUUGGUAGUAAAACACUCCAGCCAUCUCCUAUGAUCAUAACUGACAUCAUCCAAUGUUAAAUUUUGACUUGUUGCACUGCAAAACACAGCUCCAAUCUUUCACACUUCAGUCCUUAUUUUCUUUGGCAAAUGCAAGUGUUUUUUUUUUUUGUUUUUUUUUUUUUUUUGCAGCAGAUAAAACUACACUGUAAAAAAAUAUUGUUGGAUUAACUUAAAAAAGUAAGUAAUCUGGUUGCCUUAAAAAUUUGAGUUCAGUGAAAUUAAAAAUUUGAGUUAAUACAAUGAAGGAGAUAACAAAUCAGGAAAAUAAUACAGUGUAAUAAAUGGCUUUACUGGUGCUUCUCAAGUUCUCAAUCCAGCCUCAUCUAGCCAUUGGCAUACAGUUCAAGAUGAAAUCGGAGGUUGGAGGUCUCAUCCAGGUCUUUAGAAGCUGUUUUGAGGUGGUCCCACAUUCAGGACAGGUGAUUUUCAUCCUUCGGUUAAAAUGCCCAAUAUCCUCCUUGGUUGCAAAGCUCCUUCCAUCUGGCCAUUUUACUAAAAGCACACAAAACAACAUCUAAUAAUAUAGCUAAUACCUGACCCACAGUGUUUUUUUUUUAAUUAUAUGCUGGGAAUAAUGAAUUGAAAGCUUUGUAGGCUAUGACCCUUUGGCCAAAAAUAACGACCGCACAACGUGGAACCUGUACAUUAGUUUUACACCUCAGGCACAACUUCACAACAUGUAUACACAAUAUUAAAUAAAUAGUUAAUAAAAAGUUUGAAUUAAGUGGGAAGAAGUUCAUUUUCCUUGGUCAGAUAUCACUUUUGUCCACUAGCCUACUGUAGGCUAGGUGCUAGGAGUCGGCGUGAUCGCGUGAUCAGUGUUGUGGCUGUUCGUUGCCAUGGAUACAGCGCAACAAUCGGCGAGCAUCACAGGACACCGAUGAAAGUGAAACCCGUCCAUUACUCGGAAGAUGGGAGAAACUGAUAUCAGAAAUUAUGAGUUAUCCCAACUGCAAGCAGAAGUCGAGCAAGAGAGAGAGGUCAAUAACUUUGUAAAUCGUUUAAAGGGACAUGUUACAGGAUUCGGUGUCUGACCUGAGGAGCACACUGGUUGAUUUGGAGAAGAGGCUCCACAGUGUAGAUGGAGAAGAGAACGAGUGGAGGACCAGAUAUGAGACACAGCUGGAGUUGAACGAGCAGCUGGAGAAACAAAUCAGUGUCGUUCGAGAGAGACUCGAGACCCUCCGCGGUGAUCCCGCAGAUCGACUGGCUUCUAUUCGCUCUUAUGACGAAAUGUCCGAGGAUGCUCUCAGACAGAGACUGAAAUUGCUUUCUGCUGAGAAGCGCGGCCUUCAAUCCCAGCUGAUGGAUUUUCAAAUGAGAAUUGUGCAGGAAGGAAAGGCUUACCAGAAAGUCUACGAAGAGAGGCGGGCAUAUCUUACAGAGAUUGCAAAGCUGUCCUCAACAGUGGAUAUGAGCAGAAAGCAGCAGAUGGUUCUAGCCCGGAGGACAGCACUGGGUCCAGACAAAACAGGCCAGGAGGGUAUGAAGCAACAAUCAAAUAUGAUGAAGGGUUCUGUCAAAAAAACAUCUUCAAGAAGCAGACUCCCUCGAUUAAAACAUUAAUGCAGUGCAUGAGUACAUCAAUUAUUGUUUGAUUAUUUUUGCAAAAGUGUCCUUUUUUUCACUUUUUAUUCUUUAAGAACAGUACAAUUAAGCAUUAUUUUGAUUGGGCCACUCUGAAUUUAUGCUCACUAUAAACACUUUUAAAUACAUUUUUGAAUAGUUUCUUGACCUAUUUUUCUAUGGGUUUUGUGAGCUAAUUUCAUUUCAAGGUAGUUUCUUUAAUUAAAUGUAUUGUCAUAUCGGAUGUUAAUUCUGUUAUGAAAUACUUUUCAUUGCAUUCUGAAGAGUCAAGGUUAAGACAGUGUAGCUAUCUUAUAUAAUUUGGCCAUUUCAGUAUACACCUACAUAAUUACAUUUAAGACACUAAUUGCUGUCGU